AUGUCUGUACAUGUGGAGCCGGGGAAGGAGGUCUUUAUUUGGAGGGCCACAAAGCAAUCAUACCCACACAAGGGGGGCCUUACAACAAAAAGGUCCUAUAGCAGUCAGUCAUCCCAUGGCUCAUUCGGCUCCGUCUCCAGUGGAUCGACAGGUGCGGUUGGGGGGUUCAAGGUUGUUGGAUACAAAUCAGGUUCUGGGAUAUAUAGAGGUGCAGGUAGUGUGGAGUUUGGAUAUGGUGUAGGGAUAGGCUCAAGACCAGGUUGGGGUUCUGCUCCAACUGUUUGCCCUCCAAUCACAGCUGUAACGAUCAAUGAAAGUCUCCUUGCACCUCUGGACCUUGAGAUUGAUCCCAGCAUCCAUGCCAUCAGGACGCAGGAGAAAGAAGAGAUCAAGACCCUCAACAACCGCUUUGCUUCAUUGAUUGACAAAGUGCGUUUCUUGGAGCAGCAGAACAAAAUGCUGGAGACCAAAUGGUCCCUUCUGCAGGACAAGACCAACAGCCGAUCCAGCAUUGAUGUUAUGUUUGAGAACUACAUCGCUGGCAUGCGCAGACAGCUGGAAGGUCGGGGUUAUGAGAAGCACCGCCUGGAUACUGGCUUGCGUGAUAUGAACAGCCUGGUUGAGGACUUCAAGACCAAGUACGAAGAGGAAAUCAACAAACGUAAUGAAAGCGAAAAUGGAUUUGUGCUCCUGAAAAAGGAUGCUGACAUUGCAUACUUGAAUAAAGUGGAGCUGGAAUGCAAAAUGGAUAACUUAACAAAUAAGGCCAACUUUCUCAGGCAUAUUUAUGAUGAGGAACUUCAUGAGCUCCAGUGUCAGAUCAAGGAUACAUCAGUUGUUGUAGAGAUGGAUAACAGGAGAGAUUUGGAUAUGGAUGCGAUUGUGGCUGAAGUUCGUGCCCAGUAUGAGGAGAUUUCUAACCGUAACCGUACCGAGGCAGAGAGCUGGUACAAACUGAAGUUCGAAGAAAUGCAGUUGUCGGCCACCAAACAUGGAGAUGACCUAAAAAGCUCCAAAGCUGAAAUUUCUGAGUACAAGCGUGAUAUUUCUCGCAUACAGUCUGAGAUGGAAAUUAUUAAAGGGCAGCAGGCAAAACAACAAGCUCAGAUGGCUGACGCAGAGGAGCGUGGUGAAGUGGCUGUGAGAGAGGCAAAGCUUCGUGUCCAGGAGCUUGAGGCGGCUCUGCUGAGAGCGAAAAAGGAUAUGGCCCGUCAGGUGCGCGGGUACCAGUCAUUAAUGAACAUCAAACUGGCCCUGGACAUUGAGAUUUCCACCUAUAAGAAACUCCUGGAAGGAGAGGAGAGGAGAUUGUACAAUAGCUUCCAGACGUUCUCUGUCUCUAAACAGAAGUCCUUCAACUAUGACCUUGAAGGAAGCCGCCUUACAAGAGGCUCAUCUCAAAGUGCUGGAAAAGAUGUUCCUGACACAAGUCUGGUUAAGCAGGAAAUUGUGGUUGCCAAGGGUGACAGUGGCUUGGUCAGCAACACUGCCACUGUUACAAAAAGCACAAAGACCACCAUCAUCACCAGUGAGACAGAAAAGAAACUUGUAGCUUCCGAGGGACACGUGGAAGUCAUUCAUAAGUCUGCAAGUGUGCAUGAGAAGGUUUCUAAAUAACUGUGAACAGAUAAAGUUGUGCAGGACUGUCACUUGCAAUCACAAGGCACACAACAACCAUUUGCGUGUGGGUGUUUACCACAUCCUUCAAAGUAGAAUAAGCGCACAGGACAGUAUCCUCUGUUGCACUGAGUACAAUUCUGACAGAUAAUUCCUUAAUUAUAGUCUGUUUUAGCUAUCAGAGGAGAAAACAAUUAACAGUCUACUGUGACCAAUCAAAAACUUUCAUACGCUUCCCUGAUUUCUACUGUUUUCCCUGAAAGUAUAUUCAAAUAAAGUGAAAUAAAAACGGAUUUACUUUGAAUUUGAUUUUUAAUUUUAAUUUUCAAGCCUUAAGCUUUCUGAACUGUGCUAUCAGUAUGUGUAGCCUAGAGGAUGCUUGGAAAGAUAUCAGUUUGCUUUGUCAAAACCUGUAUGACUUUGUAAUUCUGAGUUUACCUUCAAAAUUCAAAUCUUAGCAAAUGAGUAUUUGCUCAUGGCUGAUAUUUCACACAUGCUGGGCCUCUACAACAUUUAGUGCAUUUUAUAGCUAAAACACUGAUUCAGAAGAUAUGUAGUAAUACAAAUGCAGCAGAAAUAGAUUCAUUAUUUAAAUAUAAUGUCACUUUACUUUUUUCUUUUGACAGUCAGUCA